AUGGCCAGUGUGGAUGGGGAAGAGCCAAGGGAACCCCAAGGGCUGCCACGGGGCUUGGUCUCUCAAGUUCUAAAGCAGGAUUGGAACCAGCGGAUUUUUGUCAACCACAGCCUGGCCCUGGGGAAGAUUCGCUGCUUUGGUUUCGACUUGGAUUACACUCUGCCUGCGUACAAAUCCCCGGCCUAUGAGACGCUGGCCUUCGAGUUGCUGCUGGAACGCCUGGUGUGCAUCGGGUACCCUCAUGACCUGCGCUACACCUACGACCCUGCCUUCCCCACCAGGGGGCUGGUGUUUGACUCACUCUACGGGAACCUGCUGAAGGUGGAUGCCCACGGGAAUGUGUUGCUGGGAGUCCAUGGCUUCUCUUUUCUCUCUGACGGCACCCAGCUUGCCUCCCUCUGCAUAAGGAGCUUCUACCCCAGUAAGUUCAUUCAGAGGGACCAGGUGCAGCGCUUCCGCUUCCUCAAUACUCUCUUCAGCCUGCCAGAAACUUAUCUCUACGCCUGCCAGGUGGACCUCUUCUCUGGCUGCUCUCGCUACACCAACUGUGACACUGGCUAUCAACAUGGAAACCUCUUCAUGUCUUUCCAAAGUCUGUACCAGGAUUCCUUCCUCCUACAGGGUUGUCUCAAAGAGAAGACUCUUGAAGACCUAGAGAAAUAUGUGGAGAAGGAUGAGCAAAUCCCCAUCCUGCUGGGCAAAAUGAAGAAGGUUGGGAAAGUGUUUCUGGCCACCAACAGCAGCUACAACUACACAGAUGCUAUCAUGACCUACCUGUUUGGUGCCGCAGAGACGGAGGCCUCAGCCUGGCCUUGGAGGUCCUACUUUGACCUGAUCAUGGUGGACACGCAGAAGCCCCGCUUCUUUGCAGAGGGAACGGUGCUGAGACAGGUCAACAUGGACUCGGGCAAGCUCCGUGUGGGCACCUACACCGGGUCCCACCAGCACUGUGCCGUCUACUCUGGAGGCUCCUCUGAUGUGGUGUGUGAGCUGCUCGGGGUGCGGGGCAAGGACAUCCUCUACAUUGGAGACCACAUCUUUGGGGACAUCCUCAAAUCCAAGAAGAAGCAGGGUUGGCGGACUUGCCUGGUGGUUCCUGAGCUGUCCCGGGAGCUGGGCAUCUGGGCCCGGGAAAAGGAGCAGAUGGAGGAACUGAAAAGACUGGACACACAUUUGGCUGAUCUGUACCAGCACAUGGAUGGGAGCAGUUGUGGGCUGCAAGUCAUCAACUCCACCAAGAGGGAGAUUCAGAGAUUGUGUCAGGAGCUGGAUCUGUGCUACAGCACUAUGGGCAGCCUGUUCUGCUGCGGUUUCCGCCACACGCUCUUCUCCAGCCAGCUGAGGCACUACGCAGACCUCUACACGGCCACCUGCCUCAACUUCCUGCACUCCCUGCUCAGCUCCCUGUAUCGGGGCGGCCCCAGAGCUGGUGCGUCCCUGCAAACCUCCCUGGUGGAGGCCAGAGAGCGCAAGGAGGACCAGGAGGGCUGCUUUGGGGCCGACUGA